GAGGGGGGUUCUGCUGUUCCUGAGCUCAUUCAUCAUUACACAAACCUCACGUUAUUGUCAAAUUUCAUGGAGACGAACCUUUAGAAAUUGAAUUUAUCCUUUAAGCAGCUGUAAAAUUGUGUAUUUCUGUCUUAUUUCUAGACAUGCUGGAGCUGUAUUUUGAGAAGACCUGGACUCUGCCGGCCAAAAUUGUCAUGAUCCCAACUGAACAGGCUGCCAUCAUCACUUUCAGCGACCCUAAAGUUGUGGAAAAGAUUUGUGUAAAAAAAGACCUCGAGAUGAAAUCUAUCACAGUGAAGGUAUAUCCAUACUACGAGUCACUGGGAACCGCCUUGUACAGCAAAGAACGCCCAACAUGGAAGAUGCCCGAGCCCUUCACAGAGCGUGUUCACCACGUUAUCUGGAAAUUCCUUGUGGAGAAGAAACUAUCAGAACACAUCAAUGAUCAGAUGCGUCCACACUUCUGCAGAGUGGAUUUGAAUGACCCUGAACUGAAACUCAGCCCUGUGCCGGAGUUUUUGAGGCAGCAAGAUCUGACUGCAGAACAUGUAAAAAACUGGAUGAAUAAGGUCCAAGAGGCCUUCCGUCGCCUGAUGUCUCAGUACACAUCAUUUGAAUGUCAAGCAAAUGCACUGGGAUGGACAGCUGCAGAGAAAGAUGUCCGUUCGGUGGUGAAGGAAGAUGCCAUCCUGGUGCUGGAUGCAUCCAAAGGGGUUCUGACUGUUGCUGGCCGAGCUGAUGAUAUAAAACGAAUCAGGGCUUCUGUGGAGAACAUUCUUCUUAAAGCCAUGAGUCACAUUGAACGACAGACAAACAGCGUCUCUGAGGAAAUGAUUUUGUUCCCCGCAAUCUUCUACGUCCUGAAACAGGAAGGGCUCCAGACAGCUGCUCUGGACAUUUCUCCUGAGAUGAAACUCUCUUAUGAUGAAGGCACCCAGAAGUUAACCAUUACAGGGCUCAGUGCAGAGGUCUUCAAGACUAAGUCAUGGAUCUUGGAGAGGAAUGUGAAUAUGAGUAAAAAACAACAGAAUGUUCCCCCAUGUCUUCUAGACUUUCUCAGAACAUUGGAUCCCAUGGACAUGUCCCAGGAUCUGUUCGCAUCUCAAGGCAUCAGUGCAGUCUACACCAUUGACAACAAAGGACUUCUGCUGUUUGGAAAUUCUGACAGAAUCCUUGCUGAUGCGGAAAGUAAGAUGAAGGCUGCUUUGGCUCAUCAGAUUGUAAAUGUGGAAGAUCCGGAAGUUCUAAAACUCCCUACCUGGAUGGACCUGAAACAAAACCUGCUGGAUAUCUUCAACUUAUCGAAGAAAAAAACUGUGGCCAUUCAGAUGCACCCAGAGAGAAAAAUAACAGUGGCUGGUUUUGUUGAUCCAGUGAAAGAGGUCAGUCAUAGUCUGAGGGAGUUCAUUGAGAAUUACUCACAAGUUCAAGAAUUUAUUUGAUGUUCAAUCCGGUGCUGCUGUUAAGUUUAUUGAAGGGAAACAGACAGAGGAAUGGUCCAGUAUUGCCAAAGACAAUGAUGUGUCAGUAAAUUUUGAU